CACAUGCUCCCGGACGCUCUCCCCCACGAGAAGUACAACCCACAGGGCCUUUUAAAGGUUAAAAUGAAGUGAUGUUGCCACCCCUCACUCCACCUAUCACUUGUCAGGUGCAAGGGCCAUCUUCCAAUCAUAAUAAAGGGCAUCUCCUGCUCUCUCCAGCUACUCUGAUGCUGCUUUACUACUCUAAUUUAUCAUGGAAAACUAUUAUGUUCUUGUACCCAAGACUCCACGCAAUAGAGAGCUCUCUAGGGAUGAUAAGCUUAGGCUGUAGACCCUCUAUUAUACUGCAGGCUGGUCUAUUGCUGACAUUCUACUCCAGCACCCUCAACUCUCUCCUAUAGAGAGUAUAUGGAAUAGAAUGAAGGAUAUUCUGGAAGCAUUAGAUCCUCAUGUACACAGAAACUACAGGAGGGCCAGAGCAGCUGUAAAUGAGGCAUGGGACAUCAUUCGCACUAUGCCCCAGCGCUGUAAGGAUGUCA